AUGCAAAAAAUCUGCCCACUUUUCUGUGCCUUUGCAGCAAGCCUCCUUUUCUCCGCAGUGAUUGGCGUUCGCAGUGAUAAAGGCAUCCUGUGUGGCACCAUCAACCAGAACGGCCUGGGGAAGAUUCCGUGGGCGAUGGCGCUGUACCACAAGGGCCAGUACUUCGGAGGCGGCUCCUUGGUUACCCCGGGACUCGUCCUCACGGCUGCCCACAUUGUGUUGGGCAAGUCAGCUGGCGACAUAAAGGCGAGAGCUGGAGUUCGGGACUUGUUGUCCGGGGAGAGGGGCUUCCUCGUCGAGGACCGCCAGGUGGUGAAGAUCAUAUCGCACGAGGCCUUCGACUAUAUUUCCGGAGGGAACAACCUGGCCCUCCUCUUCCUGGACUCUCCGUUCGAGCUGAAGGCCCACAUCGCCACCAUCUGCUUGCCCAGAAGUUCGGAGCAGAAGUUCGCGGGAAGGAGCUGUGCGGUCUUCGGUUGGGGAAAGAGAGCCUUCCCCGAUGACCAGCCAAUGCUCACCCCCCAGAAGAUCGACCUGCCCAUCGUGGAGGACGCUCAGUGCCAGGAGCAGUUGAGGCGCACCACGCUGGGUCCGAACUUCCUGCUGCCCGCCAAUGUCCUGUGCGCCGGCGACAGGGAUGCCUGCAGCCUCUUCGGGGGAUCGCCUCUCUUCUGCUCCCUCGAACAGGAUCCCCUCCGAUUCGAGCAGGUCGGCAUCGCCUCCUGGGGCAUGGGUUGUGGCCAGGAGAACGUUCCGGCCGUCUACACCAACGUGGCCAAGUUGAGCGACUGGAUCGCCCCGCAUCUGCAGCAGGUGCUGAGUAUUCCGGGCGACUUGGUCAACUCCAUGCUGAGCGAACCGAGAACAUAA